UUACUGGAUAUUUCCAAACUUGGAGAACCAUGCAGCCUUUUUCAUUGUCGAUGCUGGCCUGUCUUUAUCUAUCACUGGCAACACUGUCCUUCGCCGAGGAGGGCCUGGAGUUCCCCAGCUUCGAUGGGAAGGACCGCGUUCUGGACAUCAAUGAGCGCAACUACAAGAAAGCUCUGAAGAGGUUUGACAUGCUGUGCCUGCUAUAUCAUGAGCCUCUGCCAACCAAUAAGGGCAUGCAGAAACAGUUCCAGAUGACCGAGCUGGUACUUGAGCUGACAGCCCAAGUCCUGGAGGACAAAGACAUUGGGUUUGGCAUGGUGGACUCCCAGAAGGAUGCCAAAGUGGCCAGGAAACUGGGGCUGGAAGAGGAGGGCAGUCUGUACGUCUUCAAGGAUGAUCGCGUGAUCGAGUUUGACGGGGAGCUCUCGGCAGACACUCUGGUGGAGUUCCUGCUGGAUGUGUUGGAGGACCCAGUGGAACUUAUUAGUAAUGCCAUGGAAAUCCGUGCCUUUGAAAGAAUGGAGGAAGACAUACGUCUCAUUGGUUACUUCAGGGGAGAAGACUCAUACUACAAGGCCUUUCAGGAGGCCUCAGAACGUUUUCAACCCUACAUCAAGUUCUUUGCCACAUUUGACAAAGCCGUGGCAAAGCAUCUUUCUCUAAAGAUGAAUGAGGUGAACUUCUACGAGCCCUUCAUGGAGGAACCAUCCAUUCUUCCUGGAAGGCCUCUCUCGGAGAUGGACAUCGUUGACUUUGUCAACCAACACCGAAGGGCUACUUUGAGAAAACUGCGUGCAGAAGACAUGUUUGAGACUUGGGAAGAUGACAUGGAUGGAAUUCACAUUGUGGCUUUUGCGGAGGAGGAAGAUCCUGACGGCUAUGAGUUCCUGGAGAUUCUGAAAGAUGUAGCGAGAGACAAUACCAACAACCCAGAGCUGAGCAUCGUAUGGAUCGACCCAGAUGACUUCCCUCUGCUAACCACCUACUGGGAGAAGACCUUCAAGGUUGACCUAUUCAGGCCUCAGAUUGGAGUGGUCAAUGUGACAGACGCUGACAGCAUCUGGUUGGACAUGUCCAACGACGAGGACCUGCCCACAGCGGAGGAGCUGGAGGACUGGAUAGAGGAUGUGCUGUCUGGGAGGGUCAACACGGAGGACGACGAUGUAGCGGAUGAUGGUGAUGAUAAUGACCGUGAUAGACAUGAUGGUGGUGACAGGGAUGACAAUGAUGAAGAGGAUGACCGUGAGGAGGAUGAUUAGCCAGACUGCUGGUCUAUGCCUUGGCCAUGCAAAAAAAAGGCCAUCUUGUCACAUUGUCAUUACCCUGGUAUUGACAUGGAAAUUGGGUGACUGGUAGUAACACAGUAAUACUUUCUGUAGGUUUUGUACAAGGUAAAUAGUAUCUAUAUAAUAUAUCAGCAAAACAAAAGCUAGGCAAUUGUCAGGCUACAUUGUACAAGAUAUCUUAGAUUGGCUCCAUCAAUGAGAACAUUUUCAAAAUUAGAAAUUUAAGCUAUGGAUUGUAAGCUAAGAUAAAUAUUAUUUAGGUAUAGAGUGUCUUAGUAGAACGAGUCAGUACCUCACACAACAACAAAUCACUUUGUGUUCUGUACUGUGGUUGUGUAAUAAUUGAUUGUCCUUGAAUGGUUGCUGUGAUAACAUAUGAAUAAAUCUGACUUGACAUU